AUGGAGCAUCCUAUGAUCUCUCACCCGAAGGGUUUCUUCUCCCCACAGUUAUGUCAGGCUAUCUUCUUGCAACUGAUGGAAGAAGCUGGUUUGGAGUGCCCCGACGCAACAGCUGUUCCUCGGGCACCUGUCCUGCGUAAAUUAGCGCAGCGCCAUUACGCCGUGCGCUUAACGGAACUUCGAGAACUCAUUGCAGCCGAGGAAGUCAAAUUCAAGGCUCUCGUCUCGGAGAUCGACGGGCUUCGUGAUGGCCAGCCGGACAGCAAGUCUCGUCCAAGAGAAGCUGAAGUUCUGGAAGAAGUAGAACAUAACCAAGUCGAAGAUUCUCAGCCGCUUGCACCUCAAGACGAAGCGCCUGCACGCGAAAGCGCGUCUGCCGUGACCUCCGAAGAACACGAAGUGGUGAUGAGCAUCCACAGUCCUGUACCAUCGAUUCCGGUUACAGAGUCCAGUAUCUCCUGCGAUGUUCCGAAAGUUGAAUCCUCACCUGGUGGAAAUGCCAGUUUGCCACUCGCCGAACCUCUUACCGAAGCUCCUUCAGAGACGGAGGCGAAGGACAUGUUGACGCCACCUGCGGGUCCCGCCGAAGGAACAAUGGAUACCUCAGCGGACGCUGGAAAUGAGACAGAAGCUGUACCAACAACCGCAACGAAAGAAUCUCUUCCCGAGACCGCGGACGAGGGCACAGAGCCAGCUAAUGUGAAUGAUGUAGGCUCAAGUCCAGAAGAACACGCUGUGGAAGAGAGUGUGCCAUCUCCUCCCGCAGAACCUCCUCUACUUGUUCCAACAGAAGUUUCCACCGCGGAACAACCAAGCCGUCUUACUCCGUUACAGGAGAUGACUGUAGUGAAGAACGAAGUUGAAACACAGCCCGUAGCCGAAAGUAGUGCCAGUCAUACUGAAGGCAAACGUAAAGCCUCGGAAGUUGGAAAUGUGCUGUCCGAGUCCCAGCGGGAGAAGAAACGUGCUCGGGAGGAUUCCGAACCUUUCGACGACGAAGACUCUGGGCCAAGCACCCGCGUGCGCCGUCGUGACCGUCAAGUCACAGCAGAGAGCCAUACCACUUCAAAACGAUUCCAAAAUGUCAUCGGAAUGCUGCAUGCACAGAUAUCUCAGCAUCGAUAUGGCAAUAUUUUCCACAACCCGAUCAAAAAGUCUGAAGCACCAGACUAUCACGACAUUGUCAAGAGGCCGAUGGACUUAAAGACUAUUAAGUCUAGGAUUAAGGACGGAUUGAUCUCAACUUCUUUGGAGUUCCAGCGAGACGUCUAUCUCAUGUUCGCUAACGCUAUCAUGUAUAAUCGGCCAGGAUCAGAGAUCGUGAAUAUGACUGAAGAGAUGAUGGCCGCAAGCGAGAUAAAUAUUAACACCUUCAGGCAGACCGAAGGGUUUCAUCGGAUGUAG